CGCUUAUUUUUCAUCACAUUACGUCUGGCUCUGCUGCCCCAUCACCAGAUGAACUAAACUCAGUCUCUUACACCGGGCUUAUUUGGAAGUGCUGUUUCCAUUAGUACAUGGCAUAGGAGUGGGGCUGUGACCAUCUGGAAGAGGACGUCUUUAACACAAAUUUGUCCUAAGGAAAAUAUUUUCAGAGUGGAAAGGAAGCUCGUUUUACUUACUGAAGCAUUCAACUGAUAGCAUCACCCAGUUGUGUGGGAGAGAAGGGGAUUUUGUACUCAUGUGAAACUCUCGGGUCUUGAGAAAUUAAAGAAUCUGGAUGAAUUCCUACUGAAUGGAGAUUAUUUCAAAAGGUCCCUGAGAACUCUUUUUCUCUCUAUGGUUCCUGCUCUUGCUGAGUUGAAACGUUGUGUUUUGAGGUGGAAUUUGAGAAAAUGCUGGAUUCAAUCAAGUGCGUGCUGGUGGGAGAUACCGCUGUGGGGAAAACAUCACUCUUGGUACGUUUCACCUCUGAGACUUUUCCCGAUACCUACAAGCCCACAGUGUAUGAAAACACAGGGGUGGAUGUCUUCAUGGAUGGUGUCCAGAUUAGCCUAGGCCUUUGGGACACAGCAGGCAGUGAUGCCUUCAAAGGCAUCCGCCCCAUCUCAUACCAACAGGCUGACGUGGUGUUAAUGUGCUAUUCAGUGGCCAAUCACAACUCUUUUUUAAACCUGAGGAAUAAAUGGAUUGGUGAGAUCAGAAGCCAUUUGCCUCGAAUCCCUGUUUUAGUGGUGGCCACUCAAACUGACCAGCGGGAAACAGGACCCCAUCACUUGUCCUGCAUCAGCUCAGUUGAUGGGAAGCGAUUGGCCCGGGAGGUCCGAGCUAAAGGCUACGUGGAGUGCUCUGCUCUCAGCAACAGGGGAGUGCAGCAGGUGUUUGAGUAUGCAGUCCGGACUGCAGUCAAUCAAGCCCGAAAACAGAAGAGAAGGAAACUCUUCUCUGUUAAUGAGUGCAGGAUCUUUUGAAGUCCCUUUAUUACUCUAUUAGCCACGUUACUUUUUCCCUUGAACAGAAAUACAUCAGCAUAGAAAAUGGAAGGCGAGCCAAGGCAGGACCUCUGGUAGGAUCACCAUGCUAGUGUUCCUGAUGGGCCAGAUGUACUUGCUACCUGACUUGACUUUUCCCUUUCCAUGAAUAAUGCCUUUGAACAUGAAAAGUGCAGCUCUCCUUUCUCCACAAAACUGUAAAUGAGCUAAUUUACUCUAGGUUGCCUGGUCACAGAGGACUGGAGUGAGCCUGAACUGGAGACUUAUGGAUAAUAUCUAUGUUCUUUAAUUUUUCAUUUCUAUUGUUGGUUUAUUUGUCUGCACUUAUUUAAUGAUAGAAGGCCUCUGCUUUGCCUGAAAUCCCUGCUGACAUAACUUACCAUGCUGAGUUUUUGACUCUAAGAACUUUGUAUAUAUAAUCUGAUCAUUGUAUAUUUAAUUUAAAAAGACAGUUGUACAUUUUGUUUUAAACUCCUCUAAUAUAGUUUGUUUUCUCUAGCUAACCACAAAUGCAAACUGUCAUAUCUGUGAAACAGUCUCCUAGGACCAAACUCUUGCAGUUCUUAUUGAGGUAAAGCCCCCAGUAGAGUAUGUUAGCAAUGGGGGUGAGGGCUGGAAUACUGGGGAUCAUUAAUGGAACAGAAUCUGUCACCUUUGCUGGUUUAAAUCCAACUUACUCAGUCUGGAAGUGACCAAAAAUUAUUGAUAGUUGAUCUGUGUCUUACAUAGUAUUUAUUUUACGGCCUCAGCCCAGUUCCCAGAAGACUGAUGACUAAAUCGGAAAACCUGCCAUACUUGGCAUUUGGUGACUGUCUCAGCAAAGAGGUCAAUGACUGAAUGGGACAGAGGAAACUGACGUGGUCUCUCAUCUCUAGAGGUGCUGGCUCCUAGAUAGAACUUCUAGGCUCCUGGAUGGGACAGUGCAGGGAUGCUCACAUCUUCAUGCAAUGUGCUGUCCCUGAUCUGCUGGCAGAAGAUUCCAGUCUCCAGGGAUGACAGACAUUUUUCAUGAGCACUAAAAUUCUCGCUCACAUUUUUUUUAAUGAACAUUUUUCUGAACAGAGGUUUUGUUGAAACCAAUAAUCUCACAUCUUAAAGGUAAUCAAAUACAUAGUGACACUGAAUUGAUAUAAAUUGAAUCAGCAACAAACAAUCUCUGGAACUGGGAAGCCAAGUGUAAUUACUUUGGAUUUCUGCAAGAUAUAAUUCAAUAUCCUUUACUUACCAGAGGAGACUAACAAUAUUUAGGGUCAAAUCCUUGGGGCUAGAUUAUUCCCCUGCAGAGAAAACCUGCAUAUGGGUUUGCAUGGGAUAAAUCUAUUGGGGGCGAGGGUGGGCUUUGCCCCCCUUUCAGGAUGGCAGUCAUUCAACACACGCAACCUGUGGAUUCUGUGAUAGAUGCACUGGUCUCACUGGGAAUCAGGGCCUUUUGUGCCGCCACACCCUUGCUACUCUUGCCCCAUACGGGGGUUCUGGAACAAUUUGUAUAGUGGAGGUGCUGAGAGCCAUUGAACCAAACUGUAAACCCUGUAUAUAGUGAAAACCACUUCAAGCCAGGGGGUGCAGCAGCACCCUCAACAGCCCUAGUUCCAGCACCUAUGGCCCCAUGCAUAGGGCUUUCCCUGCCCACAGCAGCCUUCCAGUAGGGCACUGCACAAAAGGUAACACAACCUUAGGUUGUGGGGGCUUUACAAAGGAUGUCCUGUGGUUGCCAGGAUAGAUGUGUGGGGGGAGAUAGAUUAGUCACGUAUGCAGUGCACCCAGCCCUCUCCUUUCCACCUCUAGCUCAACCCGUCCCUUUCUGCUCUCUGUAGGGUCUGAGGAGAUGGUGCCAUAGAAAGCAACACUUCCCCAUUCUAUAUGAGUAAGGAUCUUCUUUACACAUGGAUCCUGGGAGAAAGAUCUGUCCCUGUUCUCACUGAGUCCUUAUUUGGGCAAACUCCUGCUAGCAUUUGGAUGGGAGUGUGGGUGUAACAACUUGUCUGAUUCAAAACUGAGUAAGAACCUCAGGACUUUGACUUACUGUUUUUAGACACCUCCAGUGCUGGGUGGGUCCGUCUUCCUUAGCAGGCAAAUCAUAGUUCAAAUAUAGCUAUGGUUCCCCCCUGGGGAAUGAACAGGGUACCCUCAGGGUGCUGCUCCCAUGCUGAUAGGCUAUCAGAGUUUCUCUAAAGAGAACUUAGCAAAUUAAGUCCUGCUCUUCCCAGCAAUUGCAGACAUGAACUUGCAUGAGACAAAAUAAUGAUGGUUAUUAUUUAUAUGGUGCUCAGAAGCAUACUAGGUGCCCUCUAGAACAAUUUAAGACAUGACUCAGUGAGUGUGAGUAGCAAAUAAUACAGCGGGAAUUGAGGGUUGAAAGAGGAAGAAUUCCAUAAUGAGAUCCCAUGGUUACUUAGUUUUGGUAUCAGCCAAUUGCUUGUAUAUUACCUACCUCUUGGAAUUGGAGCUAAGUAGGAGCAAUGGGCAGAGUCAUACACUGUGGUUUAAACACUGAGUUCAGUGGGACAAUUCCUAUGAAUAAAAUUACUAAUUUGAGCAAAUGUUUCCAGGGUAUGCCCUUGAACUGCAAGUGGGCACAAAGCACUUGAAGUGUUUGUUAUACCAUCGAGUCCCAGGCUGGUAAACAUUACUUCUACUUUAAACUUUCCAGUGUGAUCUCAAGGGAGACCCUUUCAUUACAAACAAGUACUGGGUUCGUACAGGUCAUUUAUACUUGUUUUAAAUCCUUUCAAACUCCUGCAUCCAGGAUCACAGCAGAGGGGCUCCAGUCAUUUCUCAGCUUAUCUGUAUUCCUCUCUUAAGUUCUGCCACCUCUGUCUGCAAAAUUUUAGGCACAAAGUGCAAGCCCAUUCCCUAGAGAAACACUAAAAACUAGCCUAUUAGUAAAUGAAUUUGAACUCAGUGGGACUCCUCACAUGAGUAACAUCAUUCAGAUGCACAGAUGAGGUCCUCAAUGAAAACCCUUUAGCCUUGGCAACCACCGUGGUUUUUUUUCCUUAUCAAAUCUUAUAUUCCUUCAUUACUGAAAACUGUGUUUUCUGUAAGCCUAACUAAAGAUUAACGAUUGUUAAUGUCAUGAACAUUAAAAAAUGGGUGCAAAAAGUAUGAGUCAUUAUAAAUCUUCUCACUUUAUUUAUAGACAUUUCUAUAGUGAUUAUUACCAGAGUAACUGAUGUCUAACCUGAUUUAGCCAAUCAUUUUUUUCUGGAUAUAUUUUUUUUAAAAGGCUCUAACAGAUUAUCUUCUCUUCUUGGGUUCAGUUUGAGUAAAAGUGCUGCUUUUAUGUAUUGCAGAAUAAUAAGUGUUAUGCCAAGACCUCUUGCAGUGAUUAUCGGCUACAUGCUGCUGUGAUUACUGGCUAUAAAGAUGCCCCCCUCAAAUUAUCUUUAUAUUGAACAAAGUAAAAGGAAAAUGUGCGUCAGAAAUACGCCAUUAGAGGAAUAUAGCAUUAAUGUAAAUGAGUCACCCAAUGGGCUUUUAUUUUACACUCUGGAAAGGCCUUGGAAGGCCUUGCAUGCAGUUCAGCUGAGCAAGAGGCAUUAUUCAAAGGACACCACAUCCUGGCUUUGUACCGCAUGUUUGUGGAUGGGCGCCGUGCCUAGAUCACACAGUGGGAUUAAGAUGUCUUGAUAAGAGUGAAGUGUAGUGGAUCCCAACAUAUCUGUGAGGUCGUGCUGCUGCCACCUAGGGGAUGUCUACACUGAAAUUAAAAAUCCGUGGCUGGCCCGUGCCAGCUGACUUGGGCUUGCAGGGUUAAAGCUAAGGGGUUGUUUAGACAUCCAGGCUCAGACUGGAACUCAGGGUCUAGGAUCCUUAGAGGUGGGAGGGUCCCUGAGUUCAAGCUGCAGCCCAAGGUGGAACGUCUACACUGCAGUUAAACAGCCCUGCAGCCUGAGUCAGCUGGCACGAGCCAGCCACGGAUGUCUAAUUGCAAUGUAGACAUACCCUUACUGACUUGGAAGGGAUGCUAUUUCCUUCCCAACCUUAUAGGCCUCACUAACACAAAGCAUAGUAUCCAGGCUGUGCACUUGGGCAAGAGGAUUUGGACAUUCAUUUUUCCCCCUCAAUACAGAAAAAGAUUCCUUAACUACCCCCUCUAAUCCCAUCCAGUUCAUCAUAAAAACUACCCAGAUGAGUAAGAGUAUAUUGAUGUUUAAAAUCAAGCCAAGAGGCAUGAUGAAGGCAGAGGCAUUUUGUCUAGAUACUUAGAGGGAAACUGAGCCACUUUUUCUCAGCCCGACAGUUUACAGAAUGUUAAAGCUAAGAAGCAUUUGUCACCAUGAAUAAACUGUGAAAGGCUAUUUAUGUAUUUGUAAUUACCGGGUAUGUCUCUUUCUCAAGCCUAGUGCUAGAAAUAGUGAUCUCCCAGUGUGAGACCCCAAAUACAGAGGGUGAAAUCCUGGCCCCAUUGUAAUCACCGGUGAAACACCUAUUGACUUCAAUGAGAGCCAGGAUUUCACCCAGAGACUGUAAAGUAGUUUCCAACACGCUUAAACAUAGGAACCUUGGAACUGCCAUAUGGAUCAGAUCUGAGGUCCAUCUAGUCCAAUGCCCAACAGCAGAUGUUUCAGAGGGUGUAAAAACCUUACAUCAAGCAAAUGUGGGAUAAUCUGCCCCCUGAUAGACUAGGUCUCAUCCUUAUCUCUAAGGAUAUGUCUACACAGCAGCUGGGAGAGUGCUUUGCAGCCCAUGUAGACAGACAUGCACUAGCCCUGCUCAGGCUAGCGUGCUAAAAAUACCAGUGUAGCUGCAGCAACGGUAUGGCUUAGCCACCCAAUUACGCAACCCCUGAGCAGGCUGGUACUCGGGUGACAAGCCAGAGCUGCCACCUGUGCUGCCACAGUCACUCUGAUAGUUUUAACAGACUAGUUUGAGCAGAGGUAGUGCAUGUCUCUCUACCCAGGCUGGGAAGCACACUCCCAGCCUGCUGUGUAAACAUAAUCUAAAAGUCAGAGAUUACUUAAACCCUGAACCAUGAGAUUUAAUAUGCCUUCCAAAUUUUAUUUUUUAUCACUGAUUAUGAUAGCUCCGUCUAUUCUUGUUAUUCACACAUAUGUCCAGUCCUUUGCUAAGUUCAUGGCCUCAGCAACAUUCUGCAUCUAAUUACAUGGUGUGUGAAAAAGUAUGUUCUUUGAUCAUCUUUGAAUUUGCAACCUUUUAAUUUAAUUGAGUGCCCUCUUGCAGGAGUUACUUGGUUAAGGGAUUCCUCAGAUACAGCCACCUUCAUACAGAACUGACUUUAAUAUUCAAAUUGCUCUAAACCCCUAAUCUGCCUUUAAGCAACAUAAAGAUUUUAUUUUUACUCACUUGUUUUGCAAAAUGUGAUGAUAACAGAAGAUCAUUUUUAUAUAAAGAUUCAGCAGUACUUGCUUGAACUCUAAUAUAUAAAUCUGGGUGUUUCUAUGAAAAUAAGCAUAUAAAUAAUUAUUUGUUAUCUGAAUAAAUAUUCGUAGUGGACCAGAAAUGGAUAAGGAGCAUUCCAGUAACCCAGGCCUGACAGAUAUGAUUUGCUUUGUUCUAUCUGACUUAUAUGUUAACUAACAGUUGUUAACUAUUUGUGAGCUCACCUUGUUCUUUCAUUGUUUUGUGUAUUUUGUUAUAUUGUGUUUUUGUGGCUGUCUUUAAACUGUAACA